AUGCGACUGGAAGAUGGUGUCGUUCGAUUCACCAUCAUUCCUGAUCAGGGAACCCAAGUCUGGGCUCAGAUGCCUGUGGACUCCAUCUUCGACCCCGAAACCUACAUCCUAGAAUCCAACUCCGGCAUCAUCAACCUCGAAGUCCCCGUCGGCGCCCUGCAUCGCGCCCUCCGCUCCGCCACCGCCGCUUCGUCCGCCCAGAUCCGUCUCACUAAGAAAGGCAACAUCCCCCUCCUCGCACUAACCAUCCACGUCUCCUCCUGGACCAACGGCUCCAACGCCCUCGGCAUCGGCGAGGAGCCCCGGACCGGGGCCUCCAACCCGCCAUCCGGACCGCGCGAACGCGAAACCGUCAUCACGCAAGAAGUGCCCGUGAAGAUGCUGCACCAGACAGCGGUGGACGGGCUCCAUGAGCCACGAUGCAGAGAUCCAGAUGUGAAUAUCAUUCUGCCGAGUCUGGCGCAGCUGAAGAGUAUCUCGGAGCGGUUUACGCGGCUGGCGACGGAGACUUCAACUAAUACUACUAAUAAGGGUUCGUCGGGUGGUGGGGGGCUACUUAAUGGGUCCGGGGGUGGUGGUGCGUCGUCGUCGUCGGCGAAAUUGGAGUUGUCGGCUAAUAUGCACGGGUCGUUGCGGUUGGCCAUCGCGACGGAUGCGUUGCGGAUCUCGAGUGUCUGGACCGAUUUGGUCAAUCCGGCGCUGGAUCCGAGUCAACUGUCGCAGACGGAGAUCGAGCAGUUGCCGAGUGAGAGGAUGCGGGCGAUCGCGGACGAUGACGAGGCGGGGUGGGCGAAGGUGAGGAUUGAUGGGAAGGAUUGGGGUCGCGUGUUGAGUGUUGGGAGAUUGAGUCCGAAGGUGGUUGCUUGUUUUGUUCAUGAGACUGCGUUGAUUCUCUACGUAUAUCUCCCGGGGAGCUGGAAUGGAGAAGAUUCCUGUCUAACGUACUAUAUCAACUCUUACGCGUCUUGA